UGAGUAAUAAAUUUGCCAUGUGAGGACGACUUGGGGUCAACAGGCAGCUUGAUGAGCAACUUGACACACAAACUUAUUUACUAUACGACACAAAUUAAAUACUCCGUGCAGUACGUUGUAAGAUUGACCAUGGUUGCCAAUUGCAAUUCAAGUGCAGCAUAAAUAUAGUCUUAUCGGAUACUAUCAUGUUCUAAAAACAUCAUAUGGUCCAGCCUGCAAGCGCGGAAGACAACCAUACAAUUCUCUAAAUUGCAGUUCUCUUAGUUGCCGGAGGAAUGUCAUUGUUGGAAAGGUCGCUGGAGGAAACACCAACGUGGGCGGUGGCAUCGGUUUGUGCCGUUUUCAUAAUCAUCUCAGUCCUCAUUGAGCGUGGGAUUCAUUCACUUGGCAAGUUUUUCCAGUCAAAGCAGAAGAAAGCAAUGCUUGAAGCCUUGGAGAAAAUCAAAUCAGAUCCUACGAGAUUUAGGUUAGCUCAUGAAACCUCCUUCGUCAAACGUCACACUGGUCUUUCUACUAAACCCGGAAUUAGAUGGUUGGUGGCAUUCUUCAGGCAGUUCUUCGGAUCGAUAUCAAAGAUUGAUUAUUUGACAAUUCGCCAUGGAUUUAUAAAUAAACAUUGUGGUUCAAGUAGCCAAUUUGAUUUCCAUAAGUAUAUUAAGAGAUCCAUGGAAGAUGACUUCAAGGAAGUGUUGGGUAUAAGUAUCCCGCUUUGGAUAUUCUCCAUCAUUUUUCUACUUCUAAAUGUUCAAGGAUGGCAUGUCCUUACAUAUCUAUCGUUUCUUCCUCUUGUGAUUCUUUUAUUGGUGGGUACAAAACUUGAACUAGUGAUCAUGGAAAUGGCUCAACAAAUUCAAGAUAAGACAACAGUUGUUAGAGGGGCUCCAUUGGUAGAGCCCACCAAUAAGUUCUUUUGGUUCAACACCCCUCAGUUGGUACUUUUCUUGAUCCAUUUCAUUUUGUUUCAGAAUGCCUUUCAAAUGGCGUUCUUCUUGUGGGCCGUGUAUGAAUUCGGGAUAGAUUCGUGUUACCAUGAGAGAAUGGUGGAAAUUGGUUUUAGAGUUGGAUUAGGAGUGAUUGUUCAUAUCAUGUGUAGCUACAUCACAUUCCCUCUUUAUGCAUUGGUUACACAAAUGGGCUCUCAAAAGAAAAGGUCCAUAUUUGAUGAGAAAACCUCUAAAGCUCUAAAGAAAUGGCAAAAGAAUGCAAAGGAUAGAAAGUGGUUGCGAGAACAUGGUGGUGGCGGACGAGUGGUGGAUAUAUCAAAUUCGGGCAUAAGGAGCCCUGAAAAUACGCCAAGUCGUGGUUCGUCUCCGAUGCAUCUCCUCCACAACAAUAAACACCGAUCAUCCAUGUUGGAGAGCGAAAUUGACAUUCCACCAUCUCCAAGAGCAUAUCUUUCAGAAACCGAAGUCUCUGAUACCGAAGGUUCACAUCAUGUCCACGAUAAUCAUCCGAAGAAUCUACAUCAUGAGUUCUCCUUUUCUAGACCCUAAGGUUUUAUUACGUACAACGUCAUGUAGCAUUUUCGAUAAAUAGUACGUCCUUACAUUUCUUGAUUUUAGUAGUAGAGCGCCCAACGUUGAAGGAUAAGAAUGUGUGUUCCCUUAUAUGUAUUUUAAUAAAUGCCUUACAUUAAUUGUUUAUAUAAAAGGGAUAACACAA